ACAUGUUUUCCCUCUAAAAUCUGCCAAACUGAAAAGUUUUUCUAUGGAUUUUCCAAUCUCUGAAAGUUGAAUGCAAUGGACAUUCUGUCUCUAGAUAUUUUGAAGCUUGACCUUAAGACAUAAAAUUAGAAAAGAUUUUGCUGCCCUUGUGAAAGAAAGUUGUGACUUGUGAGGACAAUAAUGAAGGAGAGUAGGAUAAGUGGCACCAUAAUUCAGUUCUACUUUGCCAGUUUUUCUUCCAUUCACAUUUGCAUUAUUGUGAAACAGCUCCUAGGAAAGUGACUUCACAACUUGUGCGAGGCCUUUCAAUUGACUUGCCCACUUUUAAUUCUUACUUGCUUCAUAAUUCAGUAAUUUACCUAUCACGGAAGAUUAAGAUUAGGAUUUUCUUUUAAUUUGGCAAGGAGAUCAUCUGCUUGUUGCUGUUUAUAUUUCUUCAACAUGCUUGUUUCCAAAAAUUAAUAAAGACCUUUCGGGAAUAGAAAUAUCAAUUAAUUCACUGCCUCCCUGAACCAGAGGAUAAUUUGGAUGAAGAUCUGCUUGUUGCUAUUUUCUUGACAAUUUUUUGCAAGGAGAUCUACUUCUGCAAACUUAAUCAAGAAUCUCUAAGGAUAGAAGAAGUACCAGCUUAUCUGCCUCAUUUGACCAGAAGUUUGUGCUGAACAAAGAGCCAGGGGGGUUUGUGGAUCAUUUUGAUUGACCUUCGGCUUCAUCUUUCCAAAUAAUUUGACGAAGAAACCAGGGAAUAGCUUAUAUGGAGGUUAUAGGGCCAAUUUUUGAAGUGAUAAAGUGCUUUGGUGGUCCAACCUGUACAUACAUAGAUCAUCACCGGAAACUUGAAGAACGUAUGAACAAUCUUCGAAGAAAAGUGAAUGAUCUAAGUGAUCGAAAGGAAGACCUCGUAUUAAAAAAGGAAGCGGAGCUUCGUCAUGGAAAAGUGGUGAAGAAAGAAGUGGAGUACUGGUUAGAAGCUGUAGAAAAGGUAAACACUGACAUGGAAAAGAUUGAAAUGAAGUUCCAUGCUGUUUCAUACUUCUUACGCGGUCAUCUUGGAAAAUUUGUUUGCCGAAUGAUUGAAAAGGUAGAGGAAAUUCACCAAAAAGGUAGUUUCCCUGACGGUGUGGCAAUUGAUGGGCCUCCAGCCACAGGGGUGAUGUUACCAACACCAAAUCUAGAAGGUGAAAUCGAUGUAAAAGAGCAAAUUUGGGAGUGUUUGAUGGGUGACGAGGUUGGAAUGAUUGGAGUAUGUGGAAUGGGUGGUAUAGGGAAAACUACCAUCAUGAAGCACAUCAACAAUCGAUUGUUAAAGGAAAGUGAGAAGUUUGAUAAAGUGAUAUGGGUCACUGUAUCAAAAGAAUUGAAUAUUUUUAGAUUGCAAAAAGAUAUUGCAGAUUCUUUGAAACGCUCUCUUCCAGAAAAUGAUGAAUUGCAACGAGCAUCAGCAUUAAAAGAUAUUUUAGAAGGAACAAGAUAUGUGUUGAUCUUAGACGAUGUUUGGAAACGGUUUUCUCUAUUGGAGGUGGGAAUCCCUGAACCAACAUUAGGUAUGGGGAGGAAAGUUGUACUCACUAGCAGAUCAAUUGAGGUAUGUCAAUCUAUGGAUUGUAAGGUGAUCAAAGUGCAACCGCUUUCAAAGGCAGAGUCCAUGAACUUAUUCUUAGAUCAUGUGGGGCAUAAUGUUGUACAAGAUCAAAAUUUAAAAGACAUUGUCAACAAAAUUGCUGAGCAAUGUGGCGGUUUACCACUUAGCAUUGUCACAAUAGCCGGCACUAUGAAAGGGGUAAAUGAUUUUUGUGAGUGGAGAAAUGCAUUAACUGAGUUAGAAGAGCGUGUGAAAAGUGUGAGAGGAUCGGAUGUUGAAAUAUUUGAGCGUUUGAGGUUCAGUUAUGACCAUUUGAAAAAUCCAAAAAUCCAAAGUUGUUUCUUAUAUUGCUCCUUGUAUCCUGAAGAUUUUGUGAUUGAAAAAAUUGCAUUAAUUGAAAAUUGGAUAGAUGAAGGACUCCUUGAUGGCUUAAGGACUAGACAAGAAAUGCAUGACAGAGGCCACAGCAUUUUAAAUAGGUUUGAAAAUAAUUGCUUGCUAGAGAGGGCUACAACUUGGAAUGACAAAGAAGGAGUCAAGAUGCAUGAUGUUUUGAGAGACAUGGCAUUGUAUAUUAAAGGUCAUCAGUUCAUGGUAAAAGCCAAUGUGCGGUUGGAGGAACUACCAAGUGAGCAAGAAUGGACAGCGAGUGUUGAGAAGGUUUCUUUGAUGCAAAAUUCAAAAGUAAUAGAAAUCCCUCCUCACAUAUCACCUGAAUGUCAUUAUUUGUCAACUUUGAUAUUGCAAAAAUGUGGCUUAGAAAGAAUUCCAGAAUCUUUCUUUAAGCACAUGCCUGGGCUAAAAGUUCUAAAUCUUUCUAGUAAUUCUGCGAUUGUGGAUCUACCUAAUUCCAUCUCUAACUUGAAAAAUCUCAAUGCAUUGAUACUUGCUAGUUGUUGUAGGUUAACAUAUGUGCCUUCAUUAGCAAAGCUCAGAGCACUGAGAAAGUUGGACCUUUAUUGUACAAAAGUUGCGGAGUUUCCUCAUGGUAUAGAAAUGUUACAAAACCUUAGAUAUUUUCGUCUAGAGUCAGAGCAUCUAAAGAAGCUACCAAUAGGAAUAUUAGUGAAGAUUUCUCAUCUGCAAUGCUUACUAGUAGCGUUACAUUUAAGGGGGGAAGAAGUAGGCAAAUUGAGGAAGCUUGAGUAUGUGACAUGUUCAUUUUGUGACAUGCAAGAGUUUAAGAAAUAUGCAGAGUCUGCACAAGGUAAAUGGCCUACAUCUUUCAAUUUUCAAGUCGGACCAUACGUGAAUUUUUAUGCGGGGUUUUCCCUAGAUUUAAAGGAAAUUAAGAAACGGGUAGUGCUCUCAAAUUUGACGAUAGAGAAGUGUGAUGAUGGAGUGCUCCCAAAUGGCCUUCAUACUUUAUGUAUUAAAUGGUGUGAUGAUUUCAAAUGUUUUAGCAAUAUUUCUUUGUUUGGUAAGGCGACUGACUUGAAGAUAUGUCAAAUUAGUGGGUGUAAAGGGAUGGAGUGUGUGGUUGACUUGUCAUUAUCGUCUUGCAACGCACUUCACAACAUUGAGGAGCUAGGCCUAUUUUUCUUGCAGAACUUGUGUGAAGUUGUGAGAGUAGGAGUAGCGGUUGAAAAUGAAUGUACCUCUCAUGCUCCAACACCACCUGCCAUCUUCUCUUCUCUUAAACAAUUCCAUAUGAGUUUUUGUUCGAGGGUGAAGAAGUUGUUUCCAGUUGAGCUGUUGCAAGGCCUCCAAAACUUAGAGACAAUUACUGUUUACAUAUGUGAAGAAAUGGAGGAAAUAAUAGCAUCAGAAGAAAAUCACAAAGGAGAAGGAACAACAUUUAUUCUUCCCAAAUUAAAAGAAUUGCAAUUGUAUUCCCUACCAAAAUUGAAAAGCAUUUGCAGUAGUGGACUUGUGAUUCCUGCAGAUUCUCUCCAAUAUCUUUAUAUAGUCAGAUGUCCAGAAGUAAGGAGGAUCCCUUUGUCUCUUCCCCUUGUUGAAAAUGGGCAACCAUCUCCUCCCCCUUCUCUAAAAGAAAUCACAGUAGGCAGGAGAGAAUGGUGGGAAUUGGUGGAAUGGGAUCAGCCUGAUGCUAAGGAUGUCCUUUCUCCCUUUAUUCGAUAUUACUGGUAGAAUGAGAUGGAGAAGAGGUGCUCGAUUAAAUGAGGGUGCAAGGCUCUUGCUUCUUAUUAGAAACUGCAAACAAACAUUGCAUGGAGAUUGUGGGAGGAAGGAAGACACCCUUGUUGAACUUGGUGAUCAAUUCUUAGGACUAUCCUACGCAUCCACACUUGUCUCGAAUGGUUGAUGAAUUGGAAAUCAUUUAAUACAAGACUACACAUGAAAUGCAGAAAGCAAGCUUGGAUGCUUUUCUCAUUUGCUCCAAGAGACUACUUUGACAGAUAUGGACUUUGUGGUUCAAAAGGGAAUUGCGAUGGUACUCAGCUUCCACCUUUUAAAGGAUUCAAGCCUUAAUUCCCUGAAAAUUGAUGUUUAAGCCCGAAUUCCCCGAAAGAUACAACUCAUCAGACUGGUCCCAAGGGAGUAAGCACACUAAGCCAUUGAACUGCCAAAGCAAAGAUGGAUUUAUCAGAUUUAAAAAAUUUGAAAAUGUCAGAUGCUACACAUUCUUGGCUGACUAGAAGUAUGAAUCUCAAGGCAUGCAGGGCUAUGUGUAUACAGAACUAUUCCUAUGUGGCAUACACUAGUUCAGAUAACAGAGGAAGAGGUAGUGGUUGAGCCCUUUGGUUUAAUCAUCUGACUGAUUACAGACAAUUUCAAUCGGACGGGCAGGAUCUAUAUAUUAGAGUGUCUGCUUCAGAAUCAGAUCUCAAAGCUAGUAAGGUUCUGCUUGAUAGUGAGAUGAAUCCAAAAAUUUCAGAUUUUGGACUGGCUAGAACUUUUGGAGGAGACCAGACUGAAGGGAAUACUAAAAGAGUGGUUGGAACUUAGUGUCACCUUAUUUUCAUAAUGUCUACAUAUCCUCAUAUAUUUAUUGCUUUGAUGAUGUUCUGCAGUGGUUAUAUGGCACUGAAUAUGCUAUUGAUGGACUGCUUUCAGUAAAGUCAGAUCUCUUUAGCUUUGGUAUAUUAUUGCUGGCGAUAAUAAGUGGGAAGAAAAAAUAGAGGGCUUUACCAUACAACACCAAGCGGCAGCCUUGUUGAACAUGCAUGGAGAUUGUGGAAAUAAGGCAGUCCUUUAAAACUUGUUGAAGAAUACAUAGGAGAGUCUUUGCAAUCUAUCAGAAGUGAUACAAUUCUUCCAUUAUCAGUCUUUUAAGUUUACAACAGCGUCCUGAGGAUAGGCCAAGUAUGUCAUUUGUGAUUCUGAUGUUGGGAAGUGAAACUGAAUUACCACACCCCAAACAACCUGGUAUUUUGUUUAAGAAAAGUCCACUUGAAGAAGAUUCUUCAUCAGACAAGCAUGUAUCUUCUUCCACAAAUGAAAUAACUCUGUCAGUACUAGAUGCUCGAUAAUUGAUAAACUGUAUACUUGGCUCUUUCAUCUGCAAGCCAUUAUUAUAGGCUAUCGAUCAGUUUGUUUGCGUCCCUUAUGCUUUGAUACUAGUGGUUUAGUCCCAGUAUGAGCUUAACGCCCUGCAAGUGCCUACUUGGGGGUAAUAUAUAUAAAGAGAUAUAUAUAUGAUUCACAGAGGCAAUACAAGAUGACUACACUGAAGCUCCAUAAAAAUCAGAAAUAAGAAUUCUCUGCAAACUGAAAAGUUUGGUCUUUUCAAGGAAGACUUGCAUACUAGUCAACGAUCAUCAGUUUAAAUAUGUUUGCUCUCUAAUAUCUGCCAAACUGAAAAGUUUUUCUAUGAGUCUUACAAGCUCUGAAAGUUGAAACAAAUAGACAUUCUGUCUUUCAUGUUCAUCAACACUGUUCUACUGAUGGAAUCGAUAUCUUCACCUCCUCCCAGUCUGUUAGUGAUGGAUGAAAUCCUUGAGCUUGGUUUCUUUAGUCCUGGAAGCUCUAAUAAUCGUUGCUUGGGAAUUUGGUACAAGAAAGCAGCAGUUAAAACUGUUACUUGGGAACUAGUAAUUGCCCAACUGAACACCCUUCAAAUUUUAUACGCUUUUAUUAAAAGCAAUAAGAAGGCUGGAUUUUCUCAUCAGUGUCAGGUUUUGCAAUUCAUGUUUGAAGAUGGAGCUAUAUUUGAGCUUGAUCCAUCAGCUUCUAUUUACCAAGAGACAGAGCCUGGAAGCAAAUAUUAUUGACAACACUCUGCAACAAA